GUUUUUAGUAGGCCCAUUUUGGUAUUUGACACGCAUAUUAAACCCUCAGAAAGUUCCAUAGGAAAUCUAGGGUUUGCGAUUCGCUGCAGAGGAGGUUAAGCCAGAGACUGCUCACCCUUCAUCACCGUCACCAUGGGUCGCAUGCACAGUCGCGGUAAGGGUAUUUCUGCUUCAGCUCUGCCUUACAAGAGAACUCCACCAAGUUGGCUCAAAAUCUCUCCCCAGGAUGUUCAGGAGAACAUUUGCAAAUUUGCAAAGAAGGGGCUUACUCCUUCUCAGAUUGGUGUCAUUCUCCGAGAUUCUCAUGGUAUUGCUCAGGUUAAGAGUGUCACCGGAAGCAAGAUUUUGCGCAUCCUGAAGGCUCAUGGUCUUGCCCCUGAAAUUCCUGAGGAUUUGUAUCAUCUCAUCAAGAAAGCUGUUGCUAUUAGGAAGCAUUUGGAGAGGAACAGGAAGGACAAGGAUUCCAAGUUUCGGUUGAUCCUUGUUGAGAGCAGGAUUCAUAGGCUUGCUCGAUACUACAAGAAAACAAAGAAGCUACCUCCUGUCUGGAAAUAUGAAUCAACAACUGCCAGCACACUUGUUGCCUAGGCUAGAUAUGUUGCGUGGCAAAGUUUUGGGAAUCCAGAGUAGAUGUUCUCGUGUGAGAUCUUAUCAAGAUUCAUAAGUUCUAGAAAAUCUUUUUAUAGUAAUUUGGGAAGGUGAUGGAGUGGAUCUAAGAACUUUUGUGCACUAAAUGUUUGUUUGGUUGAGCUUUUCUGUAUUUUCCUUCCAACUUUUUAAGCAGAUUGUGUUUUACUCUUGAGAUAUAACAUUUGCAAAUUAUCUCGCUAA